AAACGCGACGCUCCAUCGAAAGACAGAGGGCAAAAAUCGCUCACCUGUGAACCAUUUUUAUUGAUUCAAUGAUUCGGGAUCUUUUUGUUGGAAGGCGAGCCACCGUGCUAUUGUAUACCGGUGCUUCUGAGGCUGUGUGAUAUAAUAAGCAUUCGAUUUGUUGCGUGCAUUUCUACACAUAUAGAAUGGCAAUAUAGUGCAUGGGUACCACAUCCGUCGCUAAAGUUAUAGGGCUUCAUACUUUUGCGAAAACUUAUCGCAGAUAAAAUACCAGUUAUAAUAUCUACAACGACGGAUGUGUGCUCCUGUAUGGGAAAAGUUUUGUGUAUUGAGAAAUCUACAACGGUAAACCCAGCCAUAUAUCUGAUUUGCCAACAUUUUCGAGGUUGUGACGACUUUGAGCGAUUUGGAACAUCUGGAUCGUCAUAUUAAAAAAACUAUGACGACAGCCUGCUCAAAUUAGCACCUUUCUAAUGCCACUGGGGCAUGAGCAAUACUCAAUAUUUACCAUUGUUAUCAAGGGACGCGAUAAAUGUAGGGCGAGAUCGCUGUUGAUAUCAAACUCCGUGAACUCCUAAGAUAAGCUAUACUCGUAAGAUUUAGCUAUACACUACACGUGGACUUUAAACUCUAGGUACAGCCUUAAUUUGGAUACAUGAAAUUGUAAGCAGGACCCGUUAUCCCGACUGAGAGAGCUAUAAUCUACUCCUUAACUAAAACAGCGACGAGACGAUUGUUAUCAACCAUGGGUACAAAGGCGAAGGUAAAGAAGCGAGCGGACGAGACAGAAGAUACUUUGAAGAAAGAAAAGAAAAAGAAGAGAAUCUUGCUCUUUAGGAUGGUCCGCAAGCGAAAACGCUUGUCUCAGUCGCAAGAGUUCCUCCACGAUAACCGACCCGAGAACUUUAAGACCGAACUCGAGAUUGAUGAGCAGGAGAAAGAAAACGACGUCGACAUGCAGACAGCAAACGUGCUCGAGCAUCAUCAUGACCACGAGGAGGAUGACAUUGUCAGUGCCUCUGCGUCGCAUGACGGGCACGACCACGCUGAUGGUGGGGAGGUGACGGAUGAGAAACGCAAAACAGCCGACGAAAAGAAAAGACUUUUCAGCUCCCCAAUAAAGUUUCUCAAAAACUCGUUUAGUUUGAAAAAGCGGCGGAAACAAACGGAGUAUUCCAAGUUUUCGGAAUCAACGGACAAUAUAGCUGAUUCACACCAAACCGAACUGGUAGCGAAUGACGACCAUGUUGUAGCAGCAUCAUGCAAUGUGAAACAAACUAAAAAGACGAACUCGAAUAGAUACGUCCGCUUCGAGACGCACGAUGAUGACGACAAGGAGAACAUGUCGAUGACGAUAGACGAGGAGGAUGAUGAUGAUGUAAUCAAUAAUCAGCCGCAGUCAUCGUCGACACCGGAUAAGAAAAAGAAGUCAGCUAAAAAGAGGGUAGCUAAGGCUAGCAGGAAGACGGGUCGUGUUUUCCGAGAGGGGAUGAUCCUGAUUGGUCGAAACCUGCAGUACCUCUCCCCAAUGCCUACACCCCAUGUCUUCGCCGAUCCUCAUGCCAAGAAGAAAGCCGACUACACGGACAAACCCAAGAAACGGAACUACAAAUACACAGCAAGUGCCCCGCCCUCCAACCCGUAUGGAUUCAUUUAGUUUCCCGUAUGGUAAUCUGGAACAUUUUAGACAAUCUAAAAAGAAGACAUUAUGGUCAUGUCAAUGAUAAUUAUAAGCAAUAAUUGAUUUGAAUAGACGAUAAAUAAAAUCCGACGUAUGUCACAGUAAUCCUCUGUCUUGGCAUAGCCAGAAGGGAGGGGCAGAUGGUGCAGUUGCCCUCCAAUAAUGGAUUUCUAGAAUUCGUUGUAGAUUCCUAUAAUUUUUUUCUGUGGGAAUUUCUAAAAAAUUCUAAUGCCAAAUGAAUGUUGUCUUCUUCGGUUAUUGUAAUUCUGUUUAGAAAUGUCGGGCUAUACACCCUUAUCAUUUCUGUAGGCAUAUUGAAAUGGGGACCUUCGCGGUUUUGUGUCUCUCAUUAUUUCUACUGAUGCUUCCAUUGGACAAUAAAAAAUGUUCGUAGGAAUGUGCAUCAAUAAAUAACCUAUAAAUCUAAGUGUAUAAUGGAAAAUCAAAGUUAGACCCAUACAUAUCUCUUUCCUCGA